AUGCCCGACAUCGCACCCAACGUCGCUCGCAACGGCAGCUCCAAACAUGCAGAGACCAAGCCAGAAACCCCAGUUCUCCAUGUGGUAGACAGCCGCACGGGGAACUACUUCCCCAUCCCUAUCGUGCGCAACGCCAUCAACGCAAGUGAAUUCAAGAAACUCAAGUCUCCGGAGGAUCCCGCACAUCCUGAAGAUCAGAACGAGCAGGGCAUCCGGGUGUUUGACCCCGGUUACUCCAACACGGCUGUCAGUGAGAGUCAGGUUACCUACAUCGAUGGCUUGAAGGGAACUAUUCAGUACCGAGGCUACAAUAUCGAGGAUAUUGUAGGGAAGAAGAAGUUUAUCGACACGGCGCACCUGCUCAUUUGGGGCGAAUGGCCGACGCCAGAACAGGCCAAGUCGCUUCAGGAGAAGCUUUCCAGCGUGCCUAUUCUGGAUGAGUCCGUCUUUAAGGUGAUUCAGGCAUUCCCUCCCAACUCGUCCAUCAUCGGCAUGAUGAUCGCCGCGCUCUCCGCCGUCCAGAGCUCCCAGAUGGACCGCAUCCCCGCUCACGCGGCCAAGAACCUCUACUUGGGUAACCCCCAGGCCGUCGACGAUGAGAUCGUCCGUCUGAUGGGCUCACUGUCCAUGAUCACCGCAGCUGUCUACUGCCAUCACACCGGACGGGAAUUCACCCCGCCACGCCCGGAACUCUCCUACAUCGAGAACUUCCUCCUGAUGAUGGGCCACGUUGAGUCCACCACUGGACUGCCCAACCCGCAAUACGUCGACCGCAUUGAGCGUCUCUGGGUCCUCAUCGCCGAUCACGAGAUGACCUGCUCGACUGCCGCGUUCUUGCAGACGGCUUCCUCUCUGCCGGAUGUAUUUUCCUGUAUGAUCUCCGCACUUUCGGCCCUCUAUGGUCCGCUGCAUGGUGGAGCCAUUGAAGUGGCUUACAAGAACUUUGAGGAGAUUGGCUCGGCUGAGAACGUUGCGGCCAAGAUAGAGCGUGUCAAGGCCGGAAAGGAACGCCUGUAUGGUUACGGUCACCGCAUCUACCGCGUGACAGAUCCGCGCUUCAUCUUCAUCCGCCAGAUUCUGGACGAACUGAAGGAGGAGAUCGCCCGUAACCCGCUGCUGAAGGUGGCGUUCGAGGUGGACCGUGUCGCCUCGGAGGAUGAAUAUUUUGUCACCCGAAAGCUGCGGCCCAACGCCGAUCUCUUUGCGGCGCUGGUGUACAGUGCUAUGGGCUUCCCGACUGAGUUUAUUCUGCCGUUGUCACUGUUGUCCCGCACGCAGGGAUUCAUGGCCCACUGGAAGGAAGCCAUGUCGAGCACGGCACGUAUCUGGAGACCCGGCCAGAUCUACACUGGACACUUGAACCGUGAAAUGGCGUAG